UUGAAACAUGAGAUAAAUUUUACGGCGGUGACUCUGUCGACUGGGAACACGUUUCUUAUAAUCGGUGGCCACACCUUUAGAAAAGAGGUGUGUGUGAACGGCGCUACCAGUAGAUGGUGUUGUAAUGAGCCAAGUCGAGGGAAAUGCGACGUAUACGCCCACGUUAAUGACAAAUUUGAAUUAGUAUUAAUGGUGAACAAGCACAAUCACGAGCCCAUAUUGUAUGAAAGCGAAACAUUCACAGCUGAAUAUCUAGAAGACGAUGCCAACGAGGGUAUUGCGAUGUUCCUAGAAACAAGUAAAGGGAGGACCGUGUUACAAUAUGACGGUUAUAGAUAUCGUAAAGCGUACAGAUCUAAGAAUGGUACUCGCUGGAAUUGCACCAGUAAGAACUGUUCAGCGUUUGUUUAUUUGAAUGACCAAGACGAGAUCAUAAUGACUUCCAAGUUCCACGACCAUCAACGCUGGGGUUCCAUAGCAGAGAGCGUUGAUCCAGAUUUAAGUAAUACAGCUGUAGUAAUAACUUCGAGAAAAGGCAAAGAGAUGCUUCUGUUUCGUCAAUACACUUACAGAAAGCAAUAUGACACUGGGCUGAAAACAAGAUGGGUGUGCUCUACUCUGAAAAACUGUCGCGCCUGUGUUUUCACUGACUCCGACAAUCUUAUAACAUCUGCCUUCGAAGAACAUGAACACGAUCCACCAAAAUAUUAUCUAAAUCCUUCCCACAUUUUGGAAGCUUUACGGGAACCUAUUGUAUUUGAAUCCGACUAA